UUUAACAAAGGCGUACUUUGAUGGCUGGGAUAACUGAGCUUUACACCGCUAAAGCUAUGCUAGACAGUCAAAUGAUCUAUGGAGGCAAACAAGGUGAGAACCUUUUUAUUGUAUUAUGAAACAGGGGAACACGAAUGCUUCAGCUAGCCAACUAGCUGCAUUGAGAUGGGCUCUCUGCUAUUAUUCUUGGAAAUCCAUACUCUAAAUAAGGCCUGCAUAAGGUAUUACUGUUUUAAUUAGCAUUACUCAAAUUCUAAUUUGGCAUCGAUUUUUCCCAAUACCUGAGGUUACUUUGAAGUAAAUCAAGUAUUUUUUCCAAAUUUUUUAUUGAGACAUGGGUGGUUUGGAGUUCAGCAAUCAAGAGACUGACUACAAAUUAAGACGAGGUAAGAUUAACUCUGUAAAGUAAAAGUAUUUUAGUACACAUAACUCACUUUGAUGUUGCAUCUUCUCAAGUCUGUAGUUGUGAAACAAAAUUACAGUCCCGCUCAAAAGUACACAGUCACUCGCGUCUCGAUCCUCGAGACUUGAUUCUCAAAACUUUUGAGGAUCAAGUCUAGCGUCUAAAGGAUUGAGUCUUGAGUUUCAGUGAUCGAGGAUAGAGUCUCAAAUUUCGAGUCGAGAAGUACAUUAUAUUGUAUUUUUUGCAUGCCCAUGUAAUCGGUAUAUUGUUUAUUUUGGUAGCUAUGAAAGGGUGUUUACUCAUUCAAAAUGUAUUUCUCCAACUAAUUUAAAUACAUUAUUGUGUGACUUAGUUACAGAAAAAUUCCUCGAAAACAUUCAUACAAUGUUGAAUGAGCCAUCAGUUGGUCUUUAUCGUGUGCAAGAACAUGUCAGGCGAUCGCUUCCUCAACUUGUUGACAAGAAGGUAAACAUGUUGGAAGACGUGUGUGUCCUACAUGCUAGACUGUUUAAACCUGUUAUGAACAGAAUGCUAUCAGAGUCCUGAACGCCAUAAAACAUUUCAUCUUGUCUAGUUAUUAUUAAUUCUUAUAUUAUUGAACCGAUUAAUAAUGUAUAAUGCACAUGAUUUAGUGUUAAUAAAAGAUUACUUUUCGAUUCUUAGGUUGAAAUGCAGAGCCUUCAUAAAAAAGUGCAAGGAGUAUCUUAUGAUGUUGAAUAUUCACUAAAGUAUGUUGUAACCAUUUUCUCUUUAAACUCUGGGCCAUUUGUUUCCACCAUCAUAAGCAACAGUAGAUAUGGUUAUGUAGAUAAAACGUUAGAGUACUAUUUCUGGUACUUACCUCCAACAAUAUUUAACAAACAUAUUUCACUAGAAAAAGUUUGCAGUUCUCUUGGUUUUCAUUUUAUAUAUUUCUCAUACUUUCUUUCUCGUUAUACUUGUUUAAAAUUUGACAGGUUGAAUCUUUGAGUCAGUCUCACAUUAAUUUUUCACGAGGAAGAUUACUUUGUUAGCAAAUAAUUAUGUAGGUUCUAAUUGUGUAAACAUUAAAUUAACAGGAAAAAAGAGUAAAUUGUAAAUGUUGCAGAUCCUAAGAAAUUAAUGGUAAUUUUAAUUGCCUCAUAGAACUGUUCAGUCCAUGCAGAAUAUUUCUCACUUCACUAUUAUACAGGUAACUUCUGCAGAGAGUAUUUUUACAUCUAAAUUCAUGUUGGUUUAAAUGACUCAAGUCACAGCUAAGAAUUUUAAAACCUUAUUUAUAUACCAUAAACUGCUGGUUAAGCCACACUAUUGAGUGGAUCCUUUUGUUACUAAUUUUGUAUGUAUCUUCUUCAUCUUUUUUUAAGGAGUGCCUUAAGAGUGCAAUUGCUUCAAAGAAAAACCUAGAUAGAAGAAAACUGGAAAGGUAUGACUUCAUGAAGGCAACUUACAGUUUGUCUAACUAGUCCAAAUUAUCAUGCAGUGGCAAAGUAUGAUGAGAUGUUCAGAAAAAAUGGUCCUAGAAGCUUAAAAGGACAUUACUGGAUAAAAUUAUAUUUAUUUAAUGUACCUGUUGUGUGCAGAGAAUGUAUGUUGAUGCAUCCUGAUACUGUCUUAGAACCUGACAAAGUUGCAUGAUAGUCAAGGCUCUUCUGUUGCAGUUAGCCCAAAAGCCCUUUUAAAAAGCCACAGUAUCUAUGAAAUCCCUGGGUGCUAAUACUAGUUAUGUUUCGGGAACAAACAAAGUCUGAUUUUGUGGUUACCUCACAGCAGAAGUAACUCGCUACUGACCACCAGUAUCCGCAAGAGCACAGCCCUCACUGAUAUCAUUUUUUUGUGCGGGUGAUUUGUGAUUAAUAAGAAUUAAGUCUUGAAAGACAGUGAGGAAAUUUUGAACAUAUUGCUCCUAUGUGUGGUAAACUGUAGAGAGAAAUAAAAAUAACUGUACAUGUACAUGUCUUAUAUUGGCGACCUAAAUAAGCAGUGAUCAGUUUACAAUCCACCUACAAACAGGAAAGAUAAACCUACAGAGAGACCAAUGGCUGCAGCAGAAGCUGGAACUGAUGAGGAGCCUGAAGUUCUAGAAGCUGUUGAGGUGGGAUGGAAAAGCUACGUAUGCUAUAUCAGUGCACAAUUUUAUUUCUUUCGUUCUUUGUUGCUGUUUUGAGCGAUUGACUUUAUUAACCCAGCACUGUAAUGGUUUUAACUUUAAGGGACUUGUAUGAAAUAGUUCUUGCAUGUUAAGAAGAGAAGUGAUGGGCAAGUGUCAUUUAUCAUGACGUAUGUCUACUUUUAUUUCAUUGUAACUUUCAUUGUUGGACUUCUCUCACUGAAAACUGGUUAAAGUAAAUACCGUAAAUAUAAGCUGUUUCAGAAACAAUCACUAAAUUUAGAAACUUCAAAAUUGCACUUGUUAAACUAAAUUAUUUUGCAUAAAAUAAAAUUACCAUCUCAUACUACAUUAAUUUUAGAAUAGUCAUUUAUAAAAUAAUUAUUUAAAUUUAACAAAUUAAAUGUGUUAAUCAAGACCAUGCAAAAUUUCUUAAGUCCAAAAACUAUUAAAUAAAUAUAAAUCCCCUAGGGUAUGUGCAACUCUUCUUUUGCUAAAGCUUAGCAGACUCUCUAAGACGGACUUCUUUACCAAGACUUUUCAAUCCAUUAAAAUAUUGAAAGAUCAAAAUAAAGAAUAAAUUUUCCAAAGCAAAUUGAUAAUAUUUAGUUCUUUAAAAUCUGUUCAGUAGUGUCCUUAAAACAUACAUUAUUUUACAAGAAGCCUUGCAAUGAUUUGUCUUUUUAUUAACCAGCACUAUGUGUAGUUGUGUAGUGCGGAAGGCCGCUUUGCAAAGCUUGAAUUGGUUCCCUUUACUCAACUGUCUCCUGUAUGUUGAACAUGCGCCUAAUGAUAAAAAGGAAAUGGUUGAAGAUCAGCCUGCUGCAGGCAUAAUGAUUGAGAAGAGAAGUCGUUUCUUCAUGUUGCCAUGGUAGCAAAAUUUCUGGAGCUCAACGGAAAUAAUUGAUAUACAUGUGUGACUUUCCUGAGCAUGAUUGCACUCAGGAGCAAAACCGAAGCCCAUAUUUUUUCUUUUGUUGUUUGCAAAUGCAAAUGACCGUCUCUUUCACAGAAGAUUGUCGAGAUACAGAAAUCUUGCUACCAAGGUAACCUGACAUCGCACUUCUCUCUAUUAGUGAUUUCAGUACUACUUGAUCUAAGUAAACUAAAAGCACAAUGAUUAUUGUUUGCUUGUUUUCAUAAGGUCCUGUACUGCUGGCCCUGAGUUGAAAUUUGACCAGUCAGAUUUUGUUCAGGUAAUUUGCUCAUGCAACCCCAACUUAAAGAGAAACCAACAGUCUGUAAAGCAGCAGGCUGAUUUUAGACCAUUUCAAGAGAUAUUUGAACACAUAUAAUGUGUGCUGUUUGCAAGCAAACACCACUGUGAAAAAUAAUGAUGAAUUUUGCAAGCUGCCUGCUAACCAACCAAAGGUGCUUAUACCAUCAGGGUUUCAUCUGUCCAAUCUGCAUGCAAGCUUGGACUAACCAAGAAGAGCUUUUACAACACUGGCAGGCAACUCAUGAUCAACUCACUCUUCAGGUCUGCUAC